AUGGGUGGACAGUCAGUACCAUUUUUGCUGGACCAAGGAACCACUAAAACAUAUCAAAUACCUAUUGGUCAUCUGGACUACAAGUUCAUUGAAAAAUGCACAGAUGUGAAACACCUGGAAAAGAUUCUCAGGGUGUUAAGGUCUGGUGAAGAGGGAUAUUAUCCUGAACUUACAUUGUUUUGUGAAAAGCGUAUUGAGCAUUUAGAUCCAGGGAGCAGAGCUCUGAGAAAAGAUAAGCCUGCAGCCACAGCUUCUGAUUUCACAGCUGAAGAAUGGAAAACAAUUAGUGGUGAACUGAUGAGCUGGGUGGCAGAAAUGAAUGAAGAUGAUAAGAAACCACAGUUCCUGAGAACAGACACCCUGCAUGAAAGACAAGAUAACUUGCCUCCUAUUCGUUGUUCCAGUAGCUGUCUUCCUGCUAAUCAGAACAAAAAAUUACCAACCAAACAAAGAAACAAGAAAAACAUGCCACGGGAUUACAGUGAAUGGGACAAGUUCGAUGUGGAAAAGGAGUGUUCUAAAAUUGAUGAAGGCUGUGAAGAAAAUAACUCAAAAGCAAGAUUCUUUAGUAGGCCAAGGCUACCUAUAAUCGAAAAGAAAAUAGACACAACUGGCAUGACAGAGAAAGAGAAGAUUUUUAUUGCUACUCGUGAAAAAGAAAAGGGCAAUGAAGCCUUUGCCAUUGGGGAUUAUGUGGAAGCAGUGACAUAUUACAGUCGGAGUAUAUCAGUAAUACCCACUGCAGCUGCAUAUAAUAACAAAGCUCAAGCAGAAAUCAAACUUCAGGACUGGGACAGUGCUUUGCAGGAUUGUGAGAAGGUACUAGAUAUGGAACCUGGCAACGUAAAAGCUCUGAUGCGCCGUGCCACUGUACACAACCAGCUGCAGAAUUACCAGACAGCUAUAGAGGAUCUGAACAAAGUAUUAUGUGUUGAACCAGAAAAUGCUAUAGCUAAGAAAAAUCUGCUAGAGAUUGAAAAGAAACUGAAAGGUUUAAAGCCUGUAUCUGAGACUCAAGGCAAAGGAAAAAGAAUACUUAUUCAAGAUAUAGAGGAUUCAGAAGGUGAUGAAGAAAGAGGGGAAAAUACAGAAGAACGUGAAAGAAGCGGUGGAGAUAAAAAAAUUGGCGUGCCAGUAACAGGCGAGGCGGCUACUGAGGAGGCUGAAAUGGGGAACGCGCAGAGAAAGUUUCAUAGCAAAGGCGGUGCCAGUAAGGCGGAGGACAGAGAGACACAGAAGCAGAAGGAAUCCACUGAGAGCGGAUUAAAAAAAGGCACAUCAGAGAAAAAAACAGAAAAGCAUUCGUCAGACCAGGAAGGUGAAGUUAAUGGAUAUUUACACAGUGAUCAAAAGAGUGAAAGCCCUGAAGCUGAGAUCUCCAGAUCGCAUGGAACAGGGUUUCAGUCGGCUGGUGGUGGCAGUUCUACUUCACUUCCUCCUACUGCAGCAAAACUAAAAAGUGAAGGAAACGAGUUAUUUAAGAGUGGACAGUUUGGAGAAGCUGUGCUGAAAUACUCGGAAGCAAUUGAAUAUGUCAUCGGUCUAGGAGAACAAAGUCCAGAUGAUUUAAGUAUCUUGUACUCAAACAGAGCAGCAUGUUACCUCAAAGAAGGCAACUGCAGUGACUGCAUUCAGGAUUGUAACAGAGCUCUGGAGCUUCAGCCAUUUUCCCUUAAGCCACUUCUACGACGAGCAAUGGCAAAUGAGUCUAUGGAGCGGUAUCGACAGGCAUACAUUGAUUAUAAAACAGUCCUACAAAUAGACAGCAGCAUCCAAGCAGCGAAUGAUAGUGCUAAUAGAAUAACAAAGACUUUAAUAGAUCAGGAUGGUCCCAGUUGGAGGGAGAAACUGGCACCAAUUCCAGUUGUCCCAGUUGCUGCUCAGCUACACAGGUGGGAUGGAGGAAACUUUACUUCAGAGAAUAAGUCAAGAAGUACUACAGAUAUCAACAGAGAAGAACAGUUGCAGAUGAAUCGUGAGAAAGCUGAGGAGAAGUUCAAGACAUUAAAAAAUGAAGGGAAUGAUUUUGUAAAAAAGGGUAAAUAUGAAGAAGCUGUGAAUAAAUACAGCGAAUGCAUUAAAUUAAAUACCAAGGAAUGUACAAUCUACACUAACAGAGCUCUCUGUUACUUGAAACUGUAUAAAUAUGAAGAGGCUAAGCAGGAUUGUGAUCAUGUUCUUCAGAAAUAAGAUUCUAAUAUUAAAGCUUUUUAUAGAAGAGCACUAGCAUACAAAGGAUUACAGAAUUAUCAAGCCAGUGUUGAUGAUUUCAACAGAGUACUUCUAAUAGAUCCAAAUGUUCUUGAAGCAAAAAAGGAACUAGAGGAGAUAACCCAACUGCUUAACCUUGACAGCAGCGCUGUAGUUGGUGGUCAGCAAAAGCAAAGGAAGAAAAUAACCAUACAAGAGGUGACUGAAUCUGAUGAACAGGAGGAGAGACAGUUUUCUACAUCAGAAGAUGUUGUGACUGAUCAUGUUACUUCUAAGGAAACAGUUCAAAAUUGUGAGCCACUGAAGACCUCUGAGAAACUGCACAUUUCUGAGCCAUCUAAUGCUUAUGACUUUGGUCAGAUUAUAAAUGCAGUGAAUACCAAUAAGGAUAAAGCUGCGUGUGCAGAUCUUUUAACAAUUACCGAUCCAAAAAAAGGGCCAAUGCUGCUAAGUAACAAACUUGAAGGAGAAAUCCUUGUGAUCUUUAUCCAGUCGUUGGAAUAUUACGUACUUGGAAAAGAUCCUGGCCUUGUAUAUCAGCACCUUUUCUACUUGAGCAAAGCAGAAAGAUUUAAGGUGGUGCUGGCUCUUCUUAGUAAAAACGAAAAAGAACAGGUUCAGCAACUGUUUGACUUACUUUCAGAAAACCAGAAUCAUCAGUACUCUUUGGAAGAUCUUAAGAGCCUUAAAAAGGUUUAUGAACUUUAA